CGGGGCACAGCCGCGCGGGCGGGCGGAGGCGCGCGCCGGUCGCUGGAGCUCCGGGUCGCCGCUGCCACCGCCCGCCGCGCACCGAGCUCCCGCCCCGGGGCUGCUGGGUGGCCUCCAGGCCGUUGGCACUAUGCACACGCCAGGUUCUGCGGGCCCGGGCGACGCGCGCGCGGUGGAGAUCAUGGACAUAUGUGAGUCCAUUCUGGAGAGGAAGCGGCAUGACAGCGAAAGGUCUACCUGCAGUAUCUUGGAGCAGACCGACAUUGAGGCUGUUGAGGCCCUUGUUUGCAUGAGCUCCUGGGGUCAAAGAGCCCAAAAAAGUGAGCUCUUAAAGAUCCGACCCCUCACUCCUGUCUCCGACUCGGGGGAUGUCCCCACCAGUGGACACGUGGAUGCAGCAGCAGCCGAGCUACCAAAGGACUUCCACUCUCUAUCAACUCUGUGCAUGACUCCUCCUCAGAGCCCUGACCUCAUGGAUCCUUCGAUGGGAACACUUGUCACUUCCCAAAUAACUGAUUCCAAAGCACGCUUGGUCGUAGCCACGCCCUCGGCGCCCGUUGGGCCCGCUAACGUGCAGAGCAGGAGGGCGGAGAAGGGCCUGCCUGCGGUGAAGCCGGAGCCUCGGGAGCCAGCCAUGGGCCCCACCUGCAGGGCCACGGUGACAAGCGUCAUCUGCCACACUGCGGGGAACCCUCCCACCCACAUUCCUACUGCCCAGGCUCCGGACCUUGGACAGUCAGACAGCAGAGAAGGGAAAGCACGGUUCCUGGGACCUACAGAAGCUCUGCAGGACGCACCCCUCACGGACAAUGCGCUUGCUGCUGACUUGGUGUCCUGCCAGCCCUGUUUGCACAAGUCUGGUGGCCUGGUCCCCACUGACGGUGGCCACCAGGUAGGCUGGCCUCUCGCAGUCAAAACCUGCUCACCAAAGAAUUCCGAAAGUGACUUGCCCGGGAAGGCCGCUCCUCUGAUUUCUGUCCCUGUCCCCAACCCUCCUGUCCUUUGCCAAAUGAUCCCUGUGACUGGACAAAAUGGCAUGUUAUCAGCUGUUUUGAAGCCGCCUUCCCAAGUGUCAGCGGGGACUGCCAAGCCCAUCCUGCCCCAGCCUGUGGUGGUGGGCCCCUCUGUGCCUCAGGGAGCCGUGAUGCUGGUUCUGUCCCACGGAGCCCUCCCCCCGCCCGCCGCCUGCCCGUCGGCCCUGAUGGCUGUCGGGAGCCCCAAGUUACUGCCCCUCGCGCCUGCGCCAGUGUUCAUUGCCUCCAGUCAAAACUGUGCCCCUCAAGUAGACUUUUCCAGAAGAAGGAACUAUGUGUGCAGCUUCCCAGGCUGUCGGAAAACAUACUUCAAAAGCUCCCACCUCAAGGCUCAUCUCCGCACUCACACGGGGGAGAAGCCUUUCAGCUGCAGCUGGGAGGGCUGCGAUAAGAAAUUUGCUCGGUCGGAUGAACUCUCUCGCCACCGCCGAACUCACACGGGGGAGAAGAAGUUUGCGUGCCCCGUGUGUGACCGGCGCUUCAUGCGCAGUGACCACCUUACGAAGCACGCCCGGCGCCACAUGACGACCAAGAAGAUUCCUGGCUGGCAGGCGGAGGUCGGCAAACUGAACCGGAUCGCCUCAGCUGAGAAGCCGGGCAGCCCGGGCGCGGGUGCGCCUGCCUCAGCCUGAACCACCUCAGGCACCUUCAGAACCGCUCUGUGGGGACUCGAACUCGCGCUUCUCCCAGAAGUUCAUCUCAGAGGCUUGGGCCAAGUGGGAGCUGGCUCUGAUGAAAGUAUGUUCACUUGUUCUUUUCCGUUGGGACCCUGUUCAAUAUCUUUUGUAGUUUCAGAAGUUUUAUUGUUGGUUUUUUGUUUCUUUCUUUUUUUUUUU